AUGCCUCGAUGGAUUUCGCUCAACCCACCCGCUCUCCGCUCUCUCGCCCCUCCCCCCACACCAGGCUCGGUGGUGGCGAGCUCAAGCCUACUUUUGGGGCGCCUCAAAAGUAGACCCCCUGUCUCCCCUUCCCCCCUCACUCCCUCCCCCCCGCCUGGCUCGGCUCGGUGGUGGCGAGCUCAAGCCGCCCGUUUCUUGCUCCGCUGGCCGUCCGCUCAUCUCUGCCACGUCAUCAACCGCGUCCGCCACGUCAGCUACGGCCGCCUCAUGGCCGACCGUGUGGCGGCAGUCGCUGCCCAGCAGGCGAGCAUCGUCGAAUCGUUGAACGCCACCUCGGGUGCCAGCUCAGCAGCCACGUCAGAUGCCAGCUCAGCAGCCAACUCAGCAGACACGUCAGCUGCCAGCUCAGCAGCAGAAAGAGGAGAUCCGCUGGACGAUCUGCUGCUGCUGAUUGCUGCCAAGGCGAGGGCAACCGAGAGGGAAAUCCCUCCUGCCAAUGGCAGCGCGACACGUGUACGGUCGUUGCAAUCACAUAUCUGGCCAAUGAGGGGCGUCUCAGGCUGCUAUGGCAACCUUGGGAGCUCCACCAACAACCCUAGCAGCCCUGGCACCGCUCUCAACCGUUCCAGUUCCCAAGACCCUAACCAGAAGGCUACAGAUGUGGGGGGGAGUGAGAGCAUUGACAUGGGGGGGGGAAGCGAGGGCAGGGGGAGUGGGGACAUCAUGGGGGUAGGGGGGGAGGUGCAGAUGGUGCGACCAGUGGUGAGCAUGCAUGUGCGGUUGAGCGAUAAAGGGUCUGAGAUGCAGCUUCACCCGCUGCCGGCGUUCAUGCUUGUUGCUGCCCGGCUGAGAGCGCACCAGCCGGGUCUGAAGCACGUUUGGCUGAGCACUGAAGUGCAGUCUGUAAUCGACGAGACAAGCGAUUAUUCCGGCUGGACGUUUUUCUACACCAACGCCUCUAGAGUGCAGAGUGCGCAACAAAUGAAAGACGAGCAGGAAAAUGCCCAGCAACCAAUAGCGAACAUUUUCGCCAAUUUGCUCAUUACAGCGGAAUGCGAAUUUUUUAUUGGGUCUCUGGGAUCGAAUUGGAACAGGCUUAUUGAUGAACUGCGCAGUACAAACGGACGGCUGUACUCAGGGCUUGUUUCAUUUACGUUUGGGAUGUAA